CCCCAAUGACAUCACCCACCCUGCCUGACAGACCACGCGAGAUUACCGGCUUCUCGAUUUCUGACACCCGUAGCAACUGUCAAAAUCUGCGUAAAAAAUUGCCAUUCAUAAAUUAAUGAAAAACUGACAAUUGAAUUCCUACACAGGGAGUCGAAGUUUUAAUAAAGAACAGGGCAAAGCUUGUAAAAAGAACCGUUAUAGCAUCAUCCCCCGCCAUCUUCCUCUCCAGCGCUACGGCUUCAACAACAAUGGCGGACCCUAAAUAUGCCAACCUACCAGGCAUUGCCACCAACGAACCUGACAUCUAUGAGACAAACGAACUGCCUGAGGAUGACCAAGCACAGUUUGAGUCGGAAGAGCUGUGCAGUGAAAGUGUGGAGCGGAUAGUUGUCAAUCCCAAUGCUGCUUACGACAAAUUUAAGGACAAAAGAGUCAGCACCAAGGGACUUGACUUUUCAGAUCGCAUCAGCACAUCGAGAAGAAUCGGCUACGAGUCCGGAGAGUAUGAAAUACUCGCGGAGGGCUGUGGAGUGAAGGAGACCCCGCAGCAGAAGUACCAGCGGCUGCUCAAUGAGAUUCAGGAGCUGACGGAAGAGGUGGAGCAGAUCAAGACGACCACAAAGGAGUCCUCCACUGAAGAGAAGCUGACCCCGGUGGCUCUCGCCAAGCACGCUGCCUUGCUGAAGCAGCAGCUGGUCUCCUCGCACCUGGAGAAGGUGUUGGGGCCCGACGCAGCCAUCAACCUCACCGACCCGGAUGGGGCUCUGGCAAAACGCCUGCUCAUCCAACUGGAAGCUGCACAGAGCCAUAAAGGGAAGCAGACAGAGGGGAAGGGACCAGCCAAGAGUACCGAGGACACGGUGAUCUACGAACUGCGUAGUCGGCCGGAGCAAAACAAAUUCUCUGAGACCGCCAAGAUUGCAGAGCUGGAGAAGAGACUAGCUGAACUGGAGACCGCUGUGGGCACCGGACCCGAGCGACUGACCCCUCUUACUUCUGCUGUCCAGGGUUCCAGUCUUGUGAACACCAUUGAGGUGCUGCAAGCCAAAGUGAACGCCUUGGACGCUGCAACACUGGAUCAGGUAGAAGCCAGGCUUCAGAGUGUCCUUGGAAAGAUGAAUGAAAUCGCCAAGCAUAAGGCAGCCAUUGAAGAUGCAGAGACGCAGAACAAGGUCUCCCAGCUGUACGAAGUCAUUCAGAAGUGGGAUUCCAUGGCCACCACCUUGCCUCAGACUGUACAGAGGCUAGUCGCAGUGAAGGAGCUCCAUGAACAAGCCAUGCAGUUUGGACAGCUGCUGACCCAUCUAGACACGACCCAGCAGAUGAUUAAGAACUCCCUGAAGGACAACUCGACUCUCCUCACACAGGUACAGCAGACGAUGAAUGAAAACUUGAUGUCUGUAAAAGACAACUUCGGAGCCUUGGACGCUAGAAUGAAGAAACUCAGCAAAUAAAAACGAACCUUUUGAAAUGUUUGCAAAAAACAAACAAGAGACCAAAAAACUAAAGGGAGAUGACGACCCACUGCUCCCAAACCCCCCUUAUUGCCGCUUAAGGAAAUGAAUAAUAGAGUACAAUAUAUUCUACACUAAUAUGCCUUUUUAUUUAAAACAAAUACAUGAAACAAAUGCAAUUCUGUUCUGCUAAUUUCGUAACGCAAAGAUGAAGCUGAUGUCGUUUUCUCAGCUUGAAAUGGUCUGCUAGUCGGAGCUGGAAAUUUCAAUGUAAUUACUAUGAUAGGUGUUCCCUAAGAACCUCGCAGUACAGAGACUUGGUAACAAAGGGGUUCAAAUUGUUUAGGAGAUACAGUUGUUAAUAUUUAUGCAUGAUUUUCUUUACCGCUGAGACCUCGCUCAAACUCCCCAACCAAGGAAACCAGAGCUUUGAGAUCUGGGUAGAAAGCCGAAUGAUUUAAAAGUUUAAACAGUAGAAAGAGAAGGGAUUUCUUUUAGCAUGUUAGCCUGGCCUAACCUGAUCUGGCCUCCUUUAAACUGACUCAAUAAAGAGCCAGGCUGUCCGCAAAUGCACAAUGAUCAAAAGCAGUUGCGUUCUGCUGGUUUCUGAGGCCAGCUGAGGGAUGUAUUGUUGAUUAAACUGUAUUACUGAUUCAUGGUAGACUGCUGAAAAUUAGUUAGCAGAUCACAUCUUCUGAGAUAUGCCACAAAUUGAUUUAUUUUUAGCUCAAAACUUCUGUACGCAGGCUGUUGAGAGGCCAUUGUAGAUAAUAACUAUUGUGGAGAAUUGGCAUUGCGUCCUUUUAGAACUAGUGCAGGGGAUCUUAAUCUUCAAAGACCCCUAACAGUCCAAGUUGGUGAUUCAGACGAUUCUGCAUGUUUCAUUGUUCAAAUCACUGUUAUACUUAAAUUCUUUAAUUGUCUUUUUAAAUGCAUAGGAAAGCAGAUAAGUGGCACCUGGCUUAAACAACGUGCAUUAUCAGGUGGUGUUUAUAGGUUGGCAAACAGACAGCUUUAGCCUCCAAUGCCACUCUUCAAGUACCUCUCACACAAGAUCUCAGCAGAUCAGGGCUUCAGGGAGAGCGAGAUAGUACAGCACUGCAUUUCAGAGCCCGAUGAACACUUCAGACAGCCCUUUUGCUUACGGUUUAUAGAAAGGAGAUUCAGGCGAGUGAAUGGGAAGAUGCUGAGAGACAACUCAUUCGAAGUGUAAUGCAUAGUCAUUUUAAGGGACUUGACAGUCUGUUUUGUGAAUUUUAUUUUUUUCCCCCCAGCAGUACGGUUUCUAUUUCUAUCCAGUUAUUCUAAUAGAAUCCAGGGAGAGCAGAACUUUGUCAAGCAUUUGGAUCCCUAAAGAUACAGUUCAAUCACUGGAUCAUAACCCUGUACUGUCCAAACAUUUAUGAAAUGAGAAAAGCUGCAACACAUCAUGUACUGCAUGUGUAACAUUAUAAUACAGAGGGGUGGCGGGAUCAUAUGUGAUACAGAAAUGGACAUUACAGGGUUGAAUAAACAUGACACAGUUAAAUCGAUCAAUAGUAAAAAAAAAAAAGUGUAAUCCUGGAUAGACUGAGAGAGAAACACAGCAGACAGGAGCGAUGCUGGACCCCUCCAAGGCAUUCAUAUUUCUCGCCUGGAGAAACCGACAGCUUGUAAAUAUGCACCUAAACUCUUUGAUGACCGGUUAAAUUCAGCGUUGGUAUUAUACAUGUCAAACCUGGCCCUGUGCUGGGCACCAGAUGGCCUCUACUUCACUGUACUGGACAACUGUUUGAACGUAAUUAAAUAUGAUUGUGCAUUA